GAAAUAUAUAUCUACUAUUUCCUCCCUCUCACAACAGCUGUCUCUCACAACAGCUGUUUGCCACUUCUUCCAUCUACUAUGUCUUGGCGAAACCGUCUCAAGGCCAAAUUCGGCCAAAAGGAUCUGCCCACAUCCCCGCGUGUUGAAGCCUUGCCAUCCAUUACCCCACCUGCACGGGCCGCUCCUGAUGCUGCCACGUCUCCGCCCGUUCUGCCAGCACGCCUCUGGAACCAAGCAUACGACCAGGCGAAGAUAAGCGGUUCGAGCACCGUUGAUACCUACGAAAAGAUCUUGUCUGCUCGGCUGAGCGAACAAGAUGCAGACGCUUCCAACCUCUACUACUCUGCAGACCUCGCGUUGCAGCAGAACGAGAUUGCACAGGACACAGGUAAAAGGCGUAUGCAGAUGCAGCAGCUCGUUCAGAAUGGGCUACGCAGAACGGAGAAGGAUGCCAAGGUGAAGCAGGGGAUGGAAGACGGCAUCCAGGCCGCCAUGGCCGUGAAAGAGGUUGUGGACAAAGCGAUCCAGGCAUCGCCUGAAGCAGCUGUCGCCUGGGUGGGUGUCUGCUUUGCGCUUGAGAUUCUGAUGAACCCGCUCACCCAGGCGAGCUCUAACCGGCAGGGCAUCGCCUAUGUUGUGUCGAGGAUGGACUGGUACUGGAAUCUUUCGACCCUCUUACUAGACGAGAACAUGACUGAGGCGCAUUCUUCAGGCCUGCGUGAUGAGCUCGAGAAGGUCAUUAUCCAGCUCUAUGCGAAGUUGCUGCUCUACCAGAUGAAGAGCGUGUGCUACUACCACCGUAGACGGCUUUCGGUGUUCGCACGAGACCUUAUUAAGCUGGAUAAUUGGGAUGGCGAGCUAAGCGAUAUACAAGCAGCCGAGGCGGCAGUGCAGGCGGACUCGGCGCAGUACAAUACGCUCUCGAUCCGGACUCGGCUCGGCGCGAUUGCUGAAAUGGCCAAGUCUCAGAAUGUUAAGCUGGACAGCAUUAGCUCAGCCAUUCGGGAGCAGACCAAGCAGCAGGAGAGGAUGCACGAAACAAGCGCGGACAACAAGUGCCUAGCGGACCUGCGCCUUACCGAUCCUCGCGACGACAAGAAGCGUAUUGAGGAGACUAAAGGCGGACUACUAAAGGACUCAUACCGCUGGGUUCUCGACAACCCGGACUUCCGGCAAUGGCGCGAUGGACCAGAGAACCAACUGUUGUGGGUCAAGGCUGAUCCUGGCAAAGGGAAGACAAUGCUGAUAUGUGGGAUUGUCGACGAACUACAGCGCUCAAUAGGCGCAACAGGCCUUGUGUCGUACUUUUUCUGUCAAGCAACUGACUCGCGCAUUAACAGCGCCACGUCCGUGCUACGAGGUCUGUUGUACAUGCUUGUUAAUCAGCAGCCAUCGCUCAUCUUGCACAUACGAAAGAAGCACGACCACGCAGGCAAAGCGCUCUUCGAGGAUGUGAAUGCUUGGUUUGCCUUGUUGGAAAUCUUCAUAGAUAUUCUGCAAGACCCGAGCUUAAAGACCACAUAUUUGAUCAUUGAUGCACUUGACGAGUGCGUAAUGGACUUGCCGAAACUCUUAGACUUUAUUGCGCAGAAGUCGUCUAUAUCUCCUCGUGUUAAGUGGAUAGUUGCUAGCCGCAACGAGGCUUUUAUUGAGCAGAGACUGCAACUUGACGAUUCCGGAACUAGGCUGAGUCUAGAGCUCAAACAAAACGCGACGCAAGUAUCCCGUGCCGUUGAUGCGUAUAUCGACCAUUGCCUUUCGGAAUUACCAGAAAUUCAACAUGACAACAUCCUCCGAGAGUCGGUGCGGGACAAAAUGCAACAAAAGGCUGGUGGCACUUUUCUCUGGGUGUCUCUUGUCGUUAAAGAGCUGAAGGAGGUAAUGGCUUGGGAGGUGCUACAAGUUCUUGAAGAAGUGCCAACACAAUUGAAAGACCUAUAUCGUCGGAUGUUGAAGCAAAUCGAACGGUUGCAGCGUCAAUAUCCAGAACUUUGUCGGCAAGUUCUCUCUACUGUCAUUGCAGCUUACCGUCCGCUACGCCUGCAAGAGCUGCAUAGUUUAUCCGGCUUGCCCACCCAGGCCCGGGACGUAAAUGAAGCCGUUACCGCGAUUGUAAAUAUGUGUGGCUCAUUCCUCACGAUACAAGAAGGUAGUGUCUACAUCAUCCAUCAGUCAGCUCGAGACUUUCUAUCUAGUGAAGCAAGCCAUAACAUCUUGCCGUGUGGGGUUGAGGAUGUUCACCAUUCUAUCGUAUUGAAAUCGCUCCAAGCUAUGUCUAAGACGCUCCAACGGGACGUGUACAACUUGCGUGCGCCAGGGUAUCCUGCGGAGCAAGUGGAACCGCCAGAUCCAGACCCUUUAGCGGCGUCACGUUAUUCGUGCAUCUACUGGAUCGAUCACCUCUGUGACUGGAGCUUCAGUUCUUCUGCGAAUUCCUCGGUUGACCUGCGAGAUGAGGGCCCUGUUCACGAAUUUCUAAGGAAGAAAUACCUCUACUGGCUCGAGGCUCUUAGCUUGUGCAAAAGCAUGCCGAAAGGAGUAAUCUCAAUGGCAAAACUUGAGGCGUUAGUCAAUGGAAAAGCAGAUGCAACUAAGCUGAUUGCGCUGGUUCGAGAUGCGCGCCGAUUCAUUAUGGCUCACAAGUGGGCGAUAGAGAAUAGUCCUCUGCAGGCAUACGUAUCCGCACUUGUGUUCAGCCCGACGAGCAGCCUAGUAAGGAGUCAUUUCGAGGAAGGAGAAUCACAGUGGAUUACGAUAAAGCCGAAUAUAGGAGAUAAAUGGAGUGCCUGCUUCCAGACGCUUGAGGGACAUAGCCAUCGGGUCAGGUCAGUCGCCUUCUCGCACGACUCGAUACGGCUCGCAUCCGGGUCAAGUGACAACACAGUCAAGAUCUGGGAUGUAAGUAAUGGCGAAUGCCUGUCGACGUUUGAGGGCCAUAUCGAUCCGGUGUUCUCAGUAGUCUUCUCACACGACUCAACGCGGCUCGCAUCUGGGUCAAGCGACAACACAGUUAAGCUCUGGGGUGUUAGCAGUGGCGAAUGUCUUUCAACGCUACAGGGGCAUAGCGAUUGGGUCGGCUCAGUCGCCUUCUCACACGACUCAACGCGGCUCGCAUCCGGGUCAAGCGACAACACCGUUAAGAUCUGGGAUACGAACAGUAGCGAGUGCCUAUUAACGCUUAAGGGGCAUAGCGGUGCAGUCUCGGCAGUCGUCUUCUCGCACGACUCGAUGCGGCUCGCAUCUACGUCAAGCGAUAACACGGUCAAGCUCUGGGAUGUGAGUAGUGGCGAGUGCCUGUCAACGCUAGAGGGGCAUAGCGAUUGGGUCAGGUCAGUCGCCUUCUCGCACGACUCAACGCGGCUCGCAUCCGGGUCAAGUGACAACACAGUCAAGAUCUGGGAUGCGACCAAUGGCGAGUGCCUGUCAACGCUUGAGGGGCAUAGCCAUCGGGUUGGCUCAGUCGUCUUCUCACACGACUCGGCGCGGCUCGCAUCUGGGUCGAACGACAACACCGUUAAGAUCUGGGAUACGACCAAUGGCGAGUGCCUAUCAACGCUGGAGGGGCAUAGCGAUUGGGUCAGCGGUGAGCGCCCGUCGACACUCAAGGGGCAUAGCGAUUGGGUUAACUUAGUCGCCUUCUCGCACGACUCGACGCGGCUCGCAUCUGCUUCAAGCGACAACACUGCUAAGAUCUGGGAUAUAAGCAGUGGCGAAUGUCUUUCAACGCUGCAGGGGCAUAGUGAUUGGGUCAGGUCAGUCGCCUUCUCACACGACUCGGCGCGGCUCGCAUCUACGUCAGGCGAUAACACGGUCAAGAUCUGGGAUGCGAAUAGUGGCGAGUGCCUAUCAACACUUAAGGGGCAUAGUAGUGCAGUCUCGUCAGUCGCCUUCUCGCACGACUCGAUGCGGCUCGCAUCUACGUCAGGCGAUAACACGGUCAAGCUCUGGGAUGUGAGUAGUGGCGAGUGCCUAUCGACGCUAGAAGGACAUAGUAGUUGGGUUAACUCAGUCGCCUUCUCCUACGACUCAGCGCGGCUCGCAUCUGGAUCAAGCGAUAACACAGUCAAGAUCUGGGAUACGACCAAUGGCGAGUGCCUGUCAACGCUGCAGGGGCAUAGCAAUUGGGUCAGGUCAGUCGCCUUCUCACACGACUCAACGCGGCUCGCAUCCGGGUCAAGCGACAACACCGUUAAGAUCUGGGAUGCGAGCAGUGGUGAGUGUCUCCAGACACUUAGUAUUGGCAGGCGACUCUACUGCAUCUCAUUUGACAUCUUUGGCUCAUCCCUUCACACGGAUAUUGGCACUAUCGAGAUUAAUGUUCCCCCACGUGUUGCAAGUCCAUUGCCUUUCCAUUCAGAACUCCAGAGACCUCAAUAUCAAGGCUUAGCUUUAAGCGCAGAUGGCGUAUGGAUAACAUAUAAUUCAGAGAAUCUAUUGUGGCUCCCCUCUGAGUAUCGACCGGCAUGCUCCGCAGUGUCAGGAGAGACGAUUGUAGUUGGUGUUGGAACCGGAAGAGUGUGGAUAUGUAAUGUCCAGCUUAACAUAUUCUCACGCUCCAAAUUUGGAGUGCUUAUGUAGGGAUGAUCUACUUACCUGUGUUUUCUAUAAUUUCUAGUGCAUAGAGAGGGUUGAGGGUUAAUAUAGAUAUAUAGCUUUCCAAUUUGCUAGAGCGAAGCUUCGAGCACUUAAUCGUAGUGAAUAUUCACCACUUAAGCCCUGGUAAAGUAGAUCAACGCCUCAAUCGCACUAGCAAGAGGGGACGGCCGACCCGCACUAGCCACAUGGUUGCCAUAAACGUC